UCAAAGCUGUCACAGGAACUGUGUCAUGUGUCGCCUUGCUUGCUUCACUUGUUUUUGCGGUUUAUGGUGCAGUCUCCAGCUUUUAAAAAUGAUUUCUGAGCUGACACUUAGCUGCUGCUUUUAUUGUGAGUGUUGGUUUAUCGUGCACCACUUUACAAACAUGUAGAGUAAUUAUGAAAAUACAGAGGCAACAUUCAAAAUGCUGAUUGAGAAUGUUGGUUAUUAAGUUCGCUUUCUUUUUCGAUUGGCUGUGUUAAUGUCACAGAAGUUUGUACAAACUUUUUCCACAAACUGCGACGUAUUUUAUUAGAACUUUAUGGAACAAACACAAAGUAAAGCAUUAAUGUGAAGACCAUCAAGUCAAAUCUUUACAGCUUUAGAGUCUUUUUGAAUAUGUCUCUAUUAACUUUGCACAUCCAUUGAACAUUUACCCAAUUCCAGAUUCACUGGAGAGCAUCUGUGAGAAUUUUAGUAGUUCAUUUUAACACUUGAAUAUCCUUCAAUCUAAGCAGUUUCAUUGGUUAUUGUAGCACUGUCUGCAAAUUUAGUCCUUGUUUUGCUAAAACCCCAGGACAUUAUGGGCGGUGAGGUUGAAGUCAAGACUAAAGUCUUUAAGGAGAAAGUCUAAUUUGAGUUGAAGUCUUAUUUUUGUGACUAAAGUGCAACUCAAGUCGGACGUCACCAUCUCUGGUUCAGGGUUCAACACAACGCUGGUUUCCUUCCCCACAAAGCAUUUUGCAUGCACACUGGAAAAGGGGCAGAAUCACUGUCUGGCUUAUGUAACUAUUAACUAUUAAUAAUUAUGGGGUUUUUUUCUUUUUUAAGUAAAAAAAAAAAACAAAGUCUGGAAUGAAUUCAUCUCUACUGGACAGUGAACAUUGCACACAUACCAGAAUAAGCACAAAACAACAUUUCUCCAAAGUAUGAUAAUUUAUUAAUAAAAAUAGAUUGAUGACUCUUAAAAAAGCAAUUUAUGAUUAAAGGACUGAACUUUUAAUUUAAAAUUACUUUUCUUAUUCUGUUAGUUUUUAACUAAAUGUUGUUCAAAGUGAACAAAAAAACCAAACAAAUGAAGCUUAAGAUACAGACAGAUUUGAUAACAAAUACAAACCCUUAGAGGCUUACAGCAUUUGCUCUGUCAGGGUUUGGGUGAAGGUUACUGUCACAUGUAGUAGCAUGGCCAAGUUUAGUUCUUUUCAAACCCCCAAAGUUCUUAAAGAAGCAGCUGAUUUGUGUAUUUUUUUCUGUGGGUUUUUUUCUGGUGCAGCAUCCAGGCUCGCACUCGGCGUUUGUGUCCGCGCUGCAGCUUCUGGCUGUCUUUAUUGUGGGAAGUUGGGAGGUCAAGCCACAGUGGGGUCUCGCUAAAUGUGGCAGCUUUGCCGUUAGGUUUGGUUGUCCACUGUGGAUGUGGGUACUAACUCAGAUGUAAAGCUAGGAAACUGUGGUCAAACACCUUUUUUUUUUUUUUUCUUUUAGCAUUUUCUUAUCUUUUAAAAUUUUUAUCUGCAUGUGAAAACAAGGCAGCUUCCUUGUUUGAGUGCUAAAAGCGUUUCCUUUUAAACUGAAAAUGGAAAAUGGUGAUGUGGAUGGCAAUGAGGCAAAGAUAUGAGUGAGCAAAACUUUCCAAAACAAAACUUUAAAAAGAAAAAAAAAAGCCCAACUGGUUUUGAUGCUUUUAAAGAUACAAAACCUCGAACAAAGAGCUCAUUGGUUGUUUUUUGAUUUAAUGGUUUGAGUCGAUUAACAAUAAAUCUCAAUUUCGAUAUUUAUCUUUCUCGAGACUUCCUCUGUGUGCUUUUAAGCUGCUGAAUCUGCAUUGUGAUCGUUUCUGGCUGAAACCUGCAGGUUCGUUCUUCUAUCACGGAAAUUUUCCAGACUGCAUGAUUUUAAUCUUUUCUGUGUCGUCAUGUUGGACGACACCAAGUUUACCUCAAAUUCCCAAGGCAAUACGCACAAAUACGGUUUAGAAGUAUUUAGGUUUAAUUUAUCCCCAGGCAGUGAAUUACUUUCUGCUGAAAGGGAUUUAUUUUUUAUAAACACUGAACCCUCUAAAGCAGAGGGAAUCAUCUAGAACCAAAGAGCACCUGUUCAACGGAAGAGCGACUUGCUGGAGAAACGAGGCUGUGAGGGCGGACUGCAGUUUCCUGUUGUGGCUUUGUCACCAGUUUGUUAAUCUGCAAACUACAUGCAAUCUUAAAGUGUGGGUGUUUAAAGCUGAAUGUCUCAUCCAGACGUAUAAUUCCCCUCUGAGCUCCUUGCCACUAAGCUGAAACUCCUGAACGACGCGAUUCGACUAAGAGCGUCUGAUCUGGAGCCCAACAACAAACCGGAAUAAAAAGAGUUUUCUUCACCAAUAUUCGUCCAGAACUUCAAGACCAGGUUCAGAUUGACUCCUCCCAGGUCUCAACAUGUCCGUCGACCCCGCGGUCGAGCUGCCCUUCUUCUACGGCAGCAUCAGUCGCUCUGACGCCGAGCAGAACCUGAAGCUGGCCGGCAUGUCGGACGGCCUCUUCCUGCUGAGACAGUGCCUCCGCAGCCUUGGAGGCUACGUCCUGUCUGUGGUCUGGAACCUGGAGUUUCACCACUACACCGUAGAGAAACAACUGAACGGGACUUACUGCAUCACCGGAGGGAAGUCUCACUGCGGCCCUGGGGAGCUCUGCGAGUUUUACAGCAAGGACCCCGACGGGCUGGUGUGUCUCCUGAAGAAGCCAUGUCUGCGUCCUCCGGACAUGCCCAUAAAGGUCGGCGUUUUUGACAAAAUGAGGGAGAACAUGCUGAGGGAGUACGUCAAGCAGACCUGGAACCUGGAGGUGAGGCACAAAAUUCAUUCAUUCUGUUUAAGACGUGCAAAUUCCUUGUUUUUAAGGACAUUUAUUUGUACUACACUGGAGUUCUUGGGACUGAGGAGUAUUUUUACUACCCUGUAG